GUUUUCAAUUUAAAUGAGUGUGUCUGUUGUUUUUUGUGCUUGCAGUGACGAUGGCAUAAAAUUGAAGAAAAAAAAAUUUCGUGUUCUUUUUGUUCGCGAGUUGGCAACAACAGUUUGGUGUGUUGCUGACCAGCAUGGAACUUGUCUGUAUGACCAUGUAGGGUUUUGUUGCAAGCAACAGACGAAAAAAAGAAACACUCAUGUAACAAUUCGAAUCGUCUUACAAAAAAGGAGAUCGAGCGAAUGGACUUCAACCGGUGCAUUCGGUGGUUUUCCUUUUUUGCUCGACUUGCAUUUGCAAUUUUUGCAAGCAGCGGCACAGCGCAACUUUCUCACUUCACGAUGAAAAUGCUGUCACAAAAAGCAGAAACAGAAAAACACACACAGAACAACGAAGCAUUUCAUUAUCGCUUUUAUUUGCAUUUUAAUUUAGUCGGCGUUGCGACCAUUGUGUGAGUUUGUGUGUAUGUGUGAGAGACUUUUUCUACACGUCAACAGAUACGAAAGAAUUGCAGCCGCCACUGUUGCUGCAGCAGCAGCAACAUGCCAAUGUAACAACGCGCAAUUGUUGUUAACGCAAGAUUACAACUCAAAUGAAUUGUUACUCAUUGUAUGACGAUGAUGAUGAGGUUUUCAAAGUGCCAUUCAAUUUUCAGUAAAAUACAUUUUCUGAUUCAACCAUCGGUUUUGAUGUGGAUUUUUGUUCGUUUUCAAUUUCUGACGACUUGAGAAAGAAGAAAAAGAAAGAGAAAAAUCGCGUAAUAAUAAGCAACUCAAUGAAAGUUAUUUAAAUUGAUGGAAUCGGACACAAAAAAUUGCGCAUUUCUUGGAUCUACAGAUAAGUUUUUUGCGCUCAACGUAGAAAUUCUUUGGAGUGAGUCAUUCGUAGAGGAUUUUCCAUUAACAAUCGUCUAUUGGAUAAGAAAGUGUUUAUUCGACGAGCAAUCUUCUACUCGACAAGCGAUUGUCUAUUUCAUGAGCCUCUUUGGUUCAUAUGGCGUCGAUUUCACCAUUUCUUUCAUCGAACUUUUAAUAAAGUAAUCAAACAAUGUUUCCGUUUUUGUGCAUACACAAAAUUGACAUCAAUUGGCUGCAGCUCAAUGGAAAUGUCAUAAAAUCAAUAUUCACAUCGGAACUAAUCAAAAUGCAGCUUUUAAUUGAAUUUUUCUUUGAGUCAAUCAAGUCAACAAAGGCGGUAAAAUGCAAAUUCAGUCUGCAGUUUUCAUGUUCAAUACGUUUUGCAGAUCCGAAUUGAGCUGUCCUAAUUCUAACUUCAUCAAGGUUCUCACAACUCAAUUUGAUGAUUUAUUUCAUUUUAAUUAACAAAUCCAUUCAUAAAUGGUGAAAGAACUCUAUGUAUGGCAUCAGACUUCGACCACGUCGAUCCAUACCGACUCAGUACUAUUAUAAUAUGUCUCAUCUAUUCGUUGGCCAAAAAGAGAAUAAAAAGCCCUUUCCUUUUUCAAUAGAAUUAUGUUUGGUUCGAUUUUGCGUAUAAUCAAAGUUUAUCGACGUUUAUUUGACGACGGUCUAGCUUUUGAGUCGCAAAUAUUAUGGCUAAUUAGCUAUCAACCAAGUUUUCGGUUCUGAAUUGUUUAUAUCCGAAGUAUUCAUAAAAAGCUUAUUGCAUUUUAAUAUUUUUUUUAUUUAUUAUGACGGCUUUUGUAAUUUCCAUGCGAAUAUUUGGAAAUUUUAUGACGAUUCCUAUUUUCUCCAUUUCAACUAAAUCGUCAAAACAGAAUCGUAAUUGGAAAACGCUGAACAUGACCAACUUUUGCAAAAAGGUAAUGAAAAUUCGUCCUAAGAGAACCAGAGAAGUAUCAAAAAAAAAUUGUAACAAAUAGGCUAAAAUUUAGCGUCGCUAAUCAAUUUGUUUUUGUCGCGUUGACUCAACAUAUUGUGAUUAAUUUGAAUUUUACUUUGAUACUUCGACAGACGUCAUACAGUUGUUUACGACAACUUUGAUUAAAAACCAAAAUAGAUGGAAUCACCAACAUCAACAAUUGCCGCCCAAGUAAAAAUAGCUGAAAAGGUCGCAAUUCGAAUCAGUUCAGUUUAUGAAUUUGUGACAUACGGUUGGAAAAAUGGUGAAAUUCGUUAUUUUUCUCCUUCUCUUUUAGUUAUUAUUUAUGGAAGUCGCUCCCGAUAAAUGUUUAUAUUUCCGAAGUUACGAUCUGCCACACCACAAAUACACCUGCUCGGCAUACUCAUCGACAUCUCUCUUCAACACUUUACGAGAGCACGUGCAAAAAGUGUAAUUUCUUGUUCUUUUUAUUUUAUUCUGUUGAGUUAUAUUUAUAUGUUGUUUAUUCGUAGGGGAAUCCAUCGAAUGCUCCAAUCGAUUUAAGAAUGCAAGUCGUGUAUCCUUUCUCGAGACUACAGGCAAAUUGGUUCGAAGUGGAUAUGCCGCUGAAUAACCUUAUUCUCGAGGAAAUAAAAUUUGAAGGAUUUGAAGAUGGUUCAUUUAAUACAGCACAAUUUGCGUUGCUUCGUGAAUUGGAAUUGUAUCAAAUGACCCUUCCAAUUUUGAAUGACAGAAUGUUUAUUGGAUUGAACAGUUUGCACCACCUGAUAAUGAAAGAUGUAAAAUUAUUCGGAUUUAAAAAGAACGUGCUCACAACGCUACCGAAAUUAGAUUAUCUAGAAAUUACGUGUAGUAUUUCUACUAAAAAGACAGCAAUGGACAAUUUGUUCGGACCUAGUUCCAUUCCAAAUCUACGCUUUUUAACUUUUGAAUAUUGCAAUUUCAAGAACCCGAUAACUGUGACCACAUUCUCAGGUCUAACUGGUAUUAAGAGUUUGAAGCUGUAUCGAACAAGCAUUCAACACAUUGGUGAGCACUCGUUCGAUGUGAUCUUCAAAACGUUGAUAAAGCUCAACUUGAUUUGGAAUAGAUUGGAAACAAUAGAUGCUGAUUUGUUUAAUGCAAAUACAGGAGGCGAAAUUGUCGUUUAUCUUCAGAACAAUCCAUGGCAAUGUGACUGUCAGCUGGAUCCAUUUCGUAAAUUAAUCCAAUCGUCCAAACGAUUUGUGUUCGCGACCAUGGUUUGUGAGCAUCCCCCUGAUUAUGUUUUGAACAAUUCGACUUCACUUUGCGAUGAGUCUACGGAUGAACCCGAAGCAGUGGAAGAACCUCAGUUGACCAUGCCAACAGUGGACAUGCAAACCGAAACUCAGCUCAAAAUUCAGACCGUGACUCAGGCUGAGAUUCUGGUCGAGUCUUCAUCACCAAAGAAAACUACAUCGAUUCGCAUUGAAAAUGGACAAAUUUUCAUUGACGACGAAUAUUUUUUUCAAAGAUCUAAUUGCAUUUGAGCAGGAAUCAUUUGAAAGUGUUAAGAUAUCUACAACAAGUUGUUUUAAGUCAAAGUGACAAAUCCAAAAAAAUUGACAUCAAACAUUUGAAAUUGAAUCGCAUUUAUCGAUUUUGUGCUAUGAAAAAGGGCUCAAAAACCAUUACACCACGGUAUUGCAUCUCGUUUGUCUCGAAUAUUGAGCGGAAAUCUGAAUCAUCAAGCUCUAAUGCAAUGAUUUUGAGAAAAGAUAUGGUAAUUGCAAUCAUAAAUUUCGUGCUCAACUUCAUUUUUGCAUUCCUUGCCGGUGUCUCUAUUUCGAUCCUAUUUGCUAAAUGCUUCCCACGAGCAUUUCAAGCGAUGUGUUUCAUCAAGAAGUAGCCAUAAAAAUCUGACAUUUGUAAAUUUGUUAAAUUGAAUUGUUUUCUCAAUAAAGUACAAUGAAUAUUGUUCGAACAUGGCAAAUGCAUAUUCAUUCGUUUCCAUUGAUUCUUUGCAUUUUCGAUCUUUUGCUGUGAUUCAGCCGCUGUGCUUUAAAGUCUUUGAUUUUUUUUACCACUGGAAUACUGUGAUAUAUUCAGUGGCAGAAAGACACUGCCAGCCUACAAUUCAAUGCAUUAAAUUCUUAAAUUUGAGCUCAAGUUGCACCAAAAACCGCCAUUGAAAAUGGAAUUUCAUAAUCAACGAGAAAAUUGUUAGUUUUCAUUGUGACAAAAGCCGACUUUGUAUUUGAAAAGAUUUCAUUUGAAUGAAAACAUGCACAAGUGCCGUAAAAUCGUUCUAAUUACUAUUAUUUUUGUAAUUUUAUUUGAAUUCAUUUUAUUUAUUGGUUCAUUAAGAAUAUUAGAAUUUAUUGGCUUAUUAAUUUCGCUAUGCAAACGUAGUUUUAAUUAAAACUAAAUCGAUUGAAUGCCUAAAUUAGGCAAAAUUUGAAUUGUGUAAUGAAUUCUUGAAUGCCUAAUAAAAUUGUAAUAAAUUCGAUUACUUUCCACACCAAAAGCUCAUCCGUCUGUAUAUUCGACAAUAAGCACAAUAUUUCAAACAUUUCUAACCAACUGAUACGUUUAGUUCCGUUUUAACUGGAACGUAACAAUCAGUUUUGUUCACAGUAUAGUGAACCGUGGUUCGAAAAUGAUAAUAGUGAAUCGAAUAUUAUUUUUGUUCCUUCUUUGGACAUGGAUUGAGGCUAGCCAUGGAAUCUGUAAUUUAGAAUUGAAUCCAACCAGAGAGGCACUUGAAUUUAAUUGUGAUAAAAUGCAGUGGUUACAUUUAAGCGCAAACUUGAAGGCUGCUUGGGAAAAGGUGUUUCGAUUAUAAUUGAAUAAUAAUUAUUAGAUCGAUCCAACGUUUUUCUCUACAAUUUUUUUAAUUCUCGAAUUAAAAGAAAAUCGAAGAAUAAUAAAUAGUCUUUUUAUGGAAAUUUUCAUUCUCAAAUUUGCUCAAUUCCUUGUUUCCAUUUAAUUUUCCAGGAAAUACACUUUAUUUUUUUGCAUGUGGCCAAAGACAGAGUAAGUACAAUUUUUUUUUCUUCAAGUUUUCACGACUUUUGAUAAAGGAUGUUCAAAAGCAAUGACGAUGACCCGACAAAAAAUGGGUGCGGCAAUGAGUUGAUUACGCAAUACGUAGUACGCAUGUCAUACCAGAGUAGUUGCAGACUACUCGAAGAUUAUCCGCAAUGUUCUUGUCGGGUUCCAAUCAUUGGUAAUUGUAAAGAUCGUUUAACCAUUUCACCACUUCACUAUGGAAAAGAUGGCUCAAAUGGACUUUAAUUUAUUCUUUCCUCUCGGUGUCAUCCAUAGAUUCUAUCCAAUCCAAUUGAUUUAACAUUGCAAGACAUCGAAUUUCCGCUUGGCACCAUUUCAAUUAAUGUUAAAAAGCCAAAAUUGAUUCGUAGCUGGUUGAGAAUAAAUGGGAAAGUAAAGCAUCUUCGUUUUCAGAACACUAAAGUUUAUGCGAUUGGAGAUAAUGCAUUCAAUACCUUUCAAUUUAACGAAUUGGAGGUGUUGGAAUUUUUUAAAGCUCCGAUUACAUACCUUUACACGAAAUCUCUUGUGGGUUUAACGAAAUUGAAAACUCUGCACCUGCAUGAUAUGGAACUUAUUAACGUUGGUAUGAGUUUUCUCGUGCCAUGUCCAGCAUUGGAAGUGUUAACGAUACAUAACUGUGGCCCAAAUAAAUUAUAUUUGCAUAAAAUCUUUGGCGUAGCCGAAUUUGAUCAUUUGAAAAGUGUUGCGGUGCAAUAUUGUGAUUUGAACGAUACAAUCAACGACGUAACUUUUAAUGGUUUGCAAGCUCUUGAAGAAUUACAUUUGACUCAUAAUCAAAUCGAACAGAUUGAGCCGGAAACUUUUGACGGUGUGCUUCGUACAUUGACACAAUUGAGCUUGGAUUCAAAUAAUUUUACCACACUGCCAAAGGGUAUCUUUGAAAGAUGGCGCAAAAGAGAUAUCGCCAUCAAUCUUCAGAACAAUCCAUGGCACUGUGAUUGUGAAUUGGACGAUUUGAGAAAUUUCAUCAAAGAGCAUCUAUUCAUGGGGUUUGAUAAAAUCAUUUGCGAAAGUCCACCGCAUAUGAAAGGGGCCCUUCUCACAGAUUUGCCAUGUUUGUGCAAUCUAACGUCAACUUGCGUGGAUAAUGUGCUUUCAAAUCCAAUUACACUCAAACCACAGCCUGCACUAGAGACGUCAACAUCGAACACCGAUUUCAAUUUGCAAUGCGAUAUUGCUAAGAAUGUCACCUUAGCCAUGCCAACAGAAGAGCGCACUCCAUUGUUCUAUAUGAAAAAUGCGAAAUUUAUCGUUGAAACCAUGCAACUCUCAACUGAAUUCGAUCUUCUUGAAUUUGAACAAACAAAAUCCAAUCUAAAUUUAAACAUCAAAUGCGUUUUCAUACCCAAAGACAUCCACCCGCAAAGGAUACGAGUCAAACGGACGUUAAAACCGUUUCGUUUGUACCGAUUUUGCGCAAUCAAAAAGAAAUCGAACACUAUAUCGCCAUUGGACUGUGCCAUAUUUUAUUCGACUUCAGACGAAAUCCAGGAUGCACCAUGGCUAUUUAAGGAUGUUAAGACAAUUGCCAUUGGUCUUUGUGCUUUAUUAAUCACUUUGGCACCUAUCGUUGGCGGUCUCAUUUCAGUUGCAAUCGCAAAAUAUUUUCAAAGGAAACAUCGACCAUUGACAACAAGAGUCACGAUAGAUGAAUUAUUUCCAAGCCAAAAGGAACGUGAGGCUGUCAAACGAUUGAAGUGAGUAUUUUCAUUUUGCAACUUAAGAAGAAUUUCUGAAUAAAUUAAUUAAGCUUCACCGAAUACAAAUCUUCUUGAUAACUCAUGAUAGCGUGAAAAUUGAACAAAUACUCUUUUUUUUUCUCAAUUUCAGCUUAUCCGACGGACCACUUCGACGCCGAUUUUCCUCAAAACGAUGGCAGAGACCAGCGAUUCAAAUGUCGAUGCAUAAAUCUGUCUUUGAUAAUUUCCAAAAAGAUGAAAAAUGCCCAAUUGAUGCUGACACUAGUGCUGACAUUCCACCACCCGUACCACCCAGAGACAACCUUAAGAAAUUGGAUAUUUCUUGAGAAAUUAUCUUAAAAAAUGAAUUCAACUUUUUUUUCUUCUGAUUUUAAUUUCUGAUUUUCAAAUUUAAUUCUAUUUUAAACAAAUUUUAAUCGAUUGGAUUUACGGUGAUUUAAAAAGGCAUUUUUCUCUAACCUUUAUAUUCAUAAUAUUAAUUUUGUUCGGCUUGAUUACAAUCAAUUGACUUAAUAAAGAAAUGAAAUUAUAUUUUAUCAAUGAAAAUGUGGACGUUUCAUUAUUUAUUUGGUACAAAUCACAUUAAAUGGAAUUCAAUUGGAAAUAAGAUAAGUCGUAAGGUGAAUGUGACGCAAUUGAAUUAAUUAGUUCUGUUGUUUUUUACGCAGAAAUUUGGAAUUGUUUUAUUUUUUCGAUUUUCGAUUAUCUCCAAUUAUAUAAAAAAAAAAUCCACAAUUAUUAUGUUACGUAAAUCACUUUUUUAAUAUGAAAUCACCUUCACAUGGCAUUAGAGGUGAAAUUCGAUCAUAUGAGUACAAUUUGACUCUAUAUAAAAGCGGUUUAGGCGCGGUAUACUUAAGUGUUUUUAAUUGUUUCCAAUGAAAAUACGCCGAAUAUUGUUUAAUUUGAUUUCGAAUCAUUUAGACAAAUGAAAACAAAGGAAAUAUCUAAUGAAAACAACCAAAAAAGGCAUCGAAUCCUUAUAUCUGUGCAUUUUGUAAUAGCAUUCAAUUAGUUUAGCUGGUGAAACUGUACGAUACGGUCUAGAAAAUGGAAACGAUCAAAUACGUUAUAUUCUCUUUAUGUUUCAUCUCUUGUGAUUUGGUUGGGAUUGUAUAUGGAAAUUGUGAAAAGUAUAUUUUCGGUCCUCAUUACUUUUGCAAUGAUAUGCUUUUAUCCGAAGUGACAGAGCAAUUAGAGCAAAUUUUCCCUAAGGCACAAAAUUCCAAUAAAACAUUACGACUUGAGCAUAUUGGAACGCGCGACGGAAUUUUACGAAAGAAUUGGAUCAACUCAAAUUACGCAAUUUUUUAUCUAAUGAUGAAAGACAUCGACAUCAAUGAAAUCGAAGAUGGUGCCUUUGUUGCCGAAGCAUUUGCAAUGUUGGAAAAAUUGGACAUUUCAUGCAUUUCUCUGCGAUGCUUGAAUAGUUCUACAUUCGAUGGUCUAUCGAAGUUAAGUCAUCUGCGUUUUGAAAAUGUUCAAAUUAAAAAAUUGCAUGAAAACAUUCUGGUUCCAGUUCCAAAUUUGGAAACAUUUAUAAUGCUAUUCUUCCGAUCAGAUCCAUUGAAUUUGGAUAAUUUCUUUGGAUUGUCGAAUAAAUUGCCGAAAUUGCACAUGGUAUCCAUUUGGCGCUGCAAUUUAAGUGAAACAAUUACGGAAAGAACAUUUACUGGCCUUGAGGGUAUUAAGACACUGAAAUUGGAGGAAAAUGAAAUUCAAAGAAUUGGCGCACGAUCAUUCAAUGUGCCUCUUAAAACAUUGACAUACAUUGGAUUGAGAGGAAAUGAGAUGACAUCGAUACCGAACAAUUUAUUCAAUGUAGAUGUGGAAAACACGGUGAUGGUCAAUUUGGAUCAAAAUCCAUGGCAUUGUGAUUGUCGAAUGGAACAUUUUCGACAAUUCAUGCAAUCGCAAUCAAGAGUUCAAUUCAAUAGUCCACGUUGUGAGACGCCAUCGGAAUACAAGGGACAUUUGAUAUCAAAAUUGCCAAAUUUAUGCCGAAAAUCAACGGUGCAGUUACACGAUGACAAUAAGAUCGAUAAAUCCAUUACAUUGUGGUGUAAAACCUCAAAAUCGACUGAAUCUAUGGAAAAUGUCAUUUUAAAACCACCAUCACCAGCAAUCCUACUCUUACGUUCGAUUGGCAGAAAACUUUUCAUCGAUUAUAAAAAGCCAUCGAAUAAUUUCAAACUGUUCGGCUAUGAGCAAGCGUCUGAUAGUAAUAAAAAUGCUUUGAAUUGUUUCACCAAUGCCAAAACAAAUGCAAAUAUCCAAAUGGCAACGAAUCAAAUGUACCGAUUUUGUUGGAUAAAAAAUGGGUCGAAAACUAUUUCAUUGCUGAAUUGUGCUUCCUUUGUUGCAAACUCAAUUCAAAACCUAGACGCAUGGAUCAUGAUGGAGUACAAGGCAAUUUACGUCAUUGUUUGGAUUCUCUCCGCUAUCUUUGUGGUUGUCAUUGGAAUUUUAAUCGGCCUUUCGCUAACUAAGUUGUACUUUAUUGUGUUUUCAGAGCAAAAUAUCGGUGCAGGUAUGGAGGAAACGGCAAAGGAAAUCCCAGAAUAUGCAACAAUCAAUAAAACCACGAAAUCUCCACCCAAUGUCUAUAAACAUUUUGGUGGCAUUGAAGAACUUGGAAACUCUUUCAUCGAUUAUGAAGCACCUCCGCUGCCACCAAGGAACAAGAAAGUUAGUUUUGCCAAGUACAAAUGCUGCAAUUCCGAAAUAUGUGAAUGCUACUGCGAACUUUGAUCGCUAGAUGCCCAAUGGAAUUCGUGCAGAUUUAACGACAUUUUUGGAUUUCGGCAUAGUGACGA